ACAGAGAGAGACAGCCCACAGUCACCAUCUCCUCUCCUCCUCCUCCUCCUCUUCCACUCCCUCUCUCAGCUUCCAUCUCUUCCAGCACACGCUCACAAUCCUUCCCUCUGAUGCCGACUGGAUGCAGACCGGCGGAUUUCCAGCACCUUUCUGAGUCCAUCCUCCCUCUCCUCCCUCCUCCUCCUUUAACAUCCGGAGCUUCUCCUUUUUUCUGCCUCCUCUUUUCUCCUGCUCCUCACCACCAGGAUGUGGCACUCGUUGGCUCUGCUGCUCUCUGGAUUCUCGGCUUUGAUCCACGUGUCGAUGCAGGGUCCUCACCAGAGGACCCUGCUGAAGAACCUCCUGAAGGACUACAAUCGGAUGGAGCGGCCGGUGGGCAACGACUCCCACCCUCUCACCGUUGUCUUCUCCCUCAGUUUGAUACAGAUCAUGGAUGUGGAUGAGAAGAACCAGGUGCUCACCUCUAACAUUUGGCUACGGAUGGGUUGGUUCGACCACUAUCUCCAAUGGAAUCAGAGCGAACAUCCUGGAGUGAAAAACCUCCGCUUCACCACAGAUCAGGUCUGGACACCAGACAUCCUGCUCUACAACAGUGCAGAUGACGAUUUUGACUCUACCUUUAAGACCAAUGUUCUGGUGAACUCCAGUGGCUAUGCUGAGUAUCUGCCUCCAGGAAUCUUUAUGAGCACAUGCAACGUGGAUGUUCGCUGGUUCCCUUUUGACAUCCAGAAGUGUGAGCUAAAGUUUGGCUCCUGGACGUACGAUGGCUGGCUACUGGAUCUCCAAAUGAACGAUGCUGAUAUUUCAGCCUACAUGCCCAAUGGAGAGUGGGACUUAGUUGGAGUUCCCGGCAGCAGAAGCGAAGCCUUCUACGAGUGUUGUAAGGAGCCCUACCCAGAUGUGACAUUUGUUGUGACAAUACGACGGCGGACGCUCUACUAUGCACUGAACCUGCUCAUCCCCUGCGUGUUGCUUUCUUCGAUGACACUGCUCAUCUUUGUGCUGCCAGCUGACUCGGGGGAAAAGAUCUCACUGGGUAUCACAGUCUUGCUGUCUCUAACUGUUUUCAUGUUGCUGGUCGCAGAGAUCAUGCCAGCCACAUCGGACUCUGUCCCUCUCAUAGGUCAGUACUUUGCCAGUAUAAUGAUCAUAGUUGGGAUGUCAGUCAUCGCCACAGUGGUGGUUCUGCAGUAUCAUCACCAUGAUCCAAAUGGAGGAAACAUGCCAAAAUGGGUGCAGCUUGUCUUGCUGCAGUGGGUAGCAUGGUUCUUGCGUAUGAAGCGGCCAGGAGAGAGUGACGACCCAGAGCGCCCCCCAUGUGCCCCCCACUUGCGGCGCUGCUCCUCGGGGUCCCAUAGUGGGAGCAUCCCAAACCCUCCGGACCCCACCCUCCAUCCGUUGCACCCACAGAACCUGGCUACUCUCCAAACAGGGCCCCUCCAUGCGGGGCAUCCUCACCUCCACGCCCAGUCCAGCGCUAACAACAAUGGGAACCUUCUUUUCAUGGGCUACCAGAGCAUGGAGGACCCUUCACUGCUCUCAGAGCCUCUCCAGAGGAAUAACAUCUCCACAGGGCCUCCGCGGGUAGCAGGAAGCCCACCUCCGCACCUUCCAUCUCAGUUCUGCAGCUCCCCUCCACCUCCUACCCCCAAUAUGGAUACUGUAGGUUGCCCCAGCACUGUCUCCAGUGGUGGAGGCUUUGGAGGUGGCACUGGAGGGCUUGGAGGGUGCUCAACUGCGGGGAUAGGAGACCCCCAGCUUCAGGCCAUCUUAGAGGAAGUGCGUUACAUGGCAGACCGUUUCCGGGAGCAGGACGAGACUGAGAGUAUGGCCGACCAGUGGAAGUUUGCAGGCGCUGUAAUCGAUCGUCUGUGUCUAGUGGCUUUCAGUGUUUUCAACAUCAUUUGCACCAUCUCUAUCCUUAUGUCUGCUCCCAACUUUGUGGAGGCUGUUUCAAAGGACUUUGUUUAAAAGCAAAGAGGGAAAAGGAGGAAGAGAAGAGUUAAGGAAAGGAUGAGGGGAAUUAAAUAUAGGAUGAAGGAUGGAGUGGGAUUGGAUCCAAGGAAACACAAUUUCCAGCAGACUGUGGGCUCUGUGAUUUGUGCUUGCAAGGAACUUGGAUAUA